UGAAAGGCAAGCACGCGUCUCCUACGCAACCGUCCAGCCGAUUACCACGCGUCGCGCAAGUGCUCGCAAUCGCAUCUGUGACAGUGACAUGGUUCUGUGUUUUAAUUGGAUUCACUAGUCGUAUCAAUAAAAAAAGUUGUGUGUGUAGCGUAUGCUGCACGUGCGGUGAUGCGCCGCGAGCGCACGGGAUCGACACAUGCAUGCCGCCCGCGCACCCGGUGUGGUUGUGAUGACAUGGUGGUGGGCGAUCGCGCUGCUAGCGCUAGCGACGCCCGCCCUCCCCGCACCCAGGGCGGGCAACGGUGAGCUAUUUUACAGUUAUCAGAUGUCCCGCAAGUCUUGCGUGGCGGGCGGCGCGAAGGGUGCGUGCAUGUGGGUGCAGGAGUGCAACAGGGUGGGAGGCACGCACGCCGGCGUGUGUGUAGACGGCUUUAUGUUCGGCUCGUGCUGCCGACUACCGGACCCAGCUGGCAGUGUCGAAGAAACAUCCAGUUCGGUCAUAGUUACAGAGAAGUCGUAUGCGCCAUCUAGUGGUGUGCAUAGUACAUCAUCUCAGCCUCCUGAGACGUCAACACAAAGCACAGCGCGGCCGAACUGGCAAACACAACGGCCGUCGUUCAUGACCAAGCCAAUAGAUGGCGCGCCCACAUCCUACAGCUACCGGCCGCCAGAAAUCCACUUACCGUCAUUAGGCAAUUUAGAUACAAGUAGCGAACAAAAUAGUGAUAUAGUUAAUAAAAUAUCUUAUAACAGUGUAAAUAAGUACCAAAAUGUAAAUAGACCGAGCGAAAUGGAAGCUAGUCCCCACAACAAGAUUUCGUCUAGUCUUAGCUUAAUGCCGGGCGCGCGACCUAUGGCCGUCUCUGAACAACACGCUGAAAAUAGUAUAUCGUCAGCACAAUUUAUGUCAAGACCAAGUAACCUGAACACGAUACACUGGCAAGCAACAACAGAACCUUCGUUCAUAACUAAACCACGACCGUCCUGGGAGAAGCCAGCCGGGAAACCGAAACCGACCAAGAAAUUCACCACAACCACGACCAAACCCCAUAAAAACUAUAUCAAACCAAAGGACCCAUCUAUUAAUAUGAUAAAUAAGACAGAUGAUGCUACGAGUUCGCCUAUACAGACAACAGCAGCAACUAGUAGCGGGGAAUGUGGCGUUACCGCGAUGUGGCCACGACCGGAGCAGCGAAUCAUGGGAGGCAAGGAUUCCAGCUUUGGUCGAUGGCCAUGGCAGGUGUCGGUGCGACGGACCUCAUUCUUCGGGUUCUCGUCCACCCAUCGAUGUGGCGGCGCCAUCAUCAACGAGGGCUGGAUAGCUACAGCAGGCCAUUGUGUUGACGAUCUCCUGACGUCACAAAUCAGAAUACGGGUCGGGGAAUACGAUUUCUCAUCUGUUUCUGAGCAGUAUCCGUUUGUGGAACGCGGCGUGGCUCGGAAAGCUGUUCACCCCAAGUACAAUUUCUUCACUUACGAGUACGAUCUAGCGCUGGUCAAGUUGGAAGCACCUGUACAAUUCGCCCCUCACAUCUCUCCAAUAUGUCUGCCAGCGUCUGAUGAUCUACUGGUUGGAGAGAAUGCCACGGUAACCGGGUGGGGGAGGUUGUCUGAGGGCGGUAUAUUGCCAUCGAUUUUACAAGAGGUACAAGUCCCAAUAGUGUCCAACGACCGCUGCAAAUCGAUGUUUCUCCGAGCUGGCAGACAUGAGUUCAUCCCUGAUAUAUUCUUGUGUGCGGGGCACGAGCGGGGCGGACACGAUUCCUGUCAGGGAGAUUCUGGAGGUCCCUUGCAGGUAAAAGGAAAAGAUUCGAGGUAUUUCCUCGCUGGCAUCAUCAGUUGGGGAAUUGGGUGCGGCGAGGCGAACUUACCAGGUGUCUGCACCAGGAUCUCAAAGUUUGUGCCUUGGAUAUUACAGACAGUGAACUCAUAAUUACCUGGACAUCGUAAUAAUCAUGAUUUAUGAGUUUGUUUACGAAGCGAAUGUGUUAAACUGACGACGGGUGAUAAUCAAGUGCGACUACGCAAGAGAAAUACGACUAAUUUAAUAUUACGUUCGUAAUUAAUAUUUUAGAAUCAGUAUUCACUAACAGCAUUCGUUUUUAAUGUUAGAACUCAGAUUAUAACAUUAUUUAUUAUAUUAUAUGACUGUGUAUCUGAAUUACUAGUUAUUCAGUGUUAUAUUAAUUUCUGGGUUAUUUAUAUUACAGACGUAUGCUUUUAGUCGAUAGUCAUUCUAAAAUGUAAUACUACAACGCAAAUAUACUCAUGUAAUAUAAUUAUUACAUCUACAUUACAUGAGUAUGUUUGCAGUAAAUACUCAAUUUAAGUGCAAGUUACCUUCAAAAAUGUUGAUUUAAUUCAACGUUUUCUGAGGCGUUUUUAAAGAAAUUGUCCAACCGUAAGCUAAACAGAACUCGCUACUACGCGAUUUUCUGUAUUAUUUCCAACGUAGCUUCACAACGGUAAAUUACACGGCUUGAACAAUAAUAAACGCCUUCACAAUGACUGCUUAAUACCAAGGUUAUGAUUUAAUGCAGCAUUUUACAUUGCCUUAAUCGCUUUAAACGACGUCCAAGACAUUUUAUGUAAAUAAAAAGAAAUAUUUGUAAUAUAGGGCCCCUAAUAAUAUCGUUAAACUAAAUUGUUAUUGCGUAAGAUAAUAUUUAAGUAGUGCGAUUAAUGUUUCCUUUUGUUUUUGUAAAUACUAUAUCGUAUUUUCUUGCCUUAUUUAAUUAAGAUUUUGUAUCUUAUUUUACAGUAUUAUUAAUAUGUUAUGUAUCUGUUUCAAUCGCAUGUUGUUUUGCAUUGUAAAUAAUUGAGAUGUUUGUAAUUAUUGUAAGUUCCUUCUUUUGCAACUUUUGUAAUCCGAAUUUUUGUAAUUUUUAUAUUUUAAACGUCUUCGUUGUUAAUGUAAAAUUGUAUAAAUUAUUGACUGGUGCUGUGACAAUAUGUGACAGUAAUUACCAAAUCAUCUAAUUCAUGAAUUUAGUGAAAUAAUUAUGAAAAAUAAAGCUCACAAUGGUGAUGUUUGACUGUUGUAUAUUCUAUAUAGAUUUUGUUUGAAUGGAUAGUUUAUGAUGAUGUUGAUUUCAUAUUGUUCGUUU